AUUGAAUCGCAUAGAACAUCCUUUUUCCUUAAGGUGUGUUCCUCUUUUUUGUAAAUUUCCCUUCUUUCCCAAUUGAAAGUGAUUCUAUUGAUAGGCAAUGAGUGUAAUUUGUUAAUUGAGAAGUGAAAUGUAGUUGAGUUGUACAGUUUUAUAGAAGAGAAAAGUGAGAGAAUUGGGUGGAAAUUUCGAUAGGCGGAGUGACUUUUUUUUCUAAUCGCAUGAAUCAUUGAUGGAUUUUUUGUAGAAUAGCACACUUCUACAAGGAAGCAGAGGUGUUUUUUUAUCACAAGAACUUGAUAUACAUUGACGUGAGGGAAGAGAGAGAAACUCUUUGGUUAUUGAAGGGUUUUAGCAUUGAAAUAUAUCCUUCAUCAAGGACAAGUUAUUUUUUUGCGUGGUAAAAUAAUUUUCAUAAAUACGUAAAACACGGAGAAAUUGACAUUUGUGGCAGAAAAUAAAGGGAAAAUGUGUAGGACGUGGCUUGGAUUUUGAAUGUUGUCAGGUGAAAUACUGAGUCAAUCACCAUUGAGCGUGGCUCUGUUGCCGCCACCCUCAUUGAUAAAAGUCUGCAAAGCUAUGGCGACAAUCGCCUCUCUGGCAAAUCAACAGAACAUUGACGAUGAUGACAUCUAUUUGGAGAAUGGAUUAUUGAGCUAUGAAAAUCCGAAUUAUCACAUGGAUCCACAGCGCUUAGAGCGAAACUCGCAUCUGUAUGAGGAGAUAUUGUCUGAAUUGCAGCAACAAAACACACUGAAAGGAUCAAAUUGUAUGGUGAAUCGGAAAGAUUACAGUCGAAUGGAUUUGGGAUCUCUUGGAAUCGAUAUGAAGGAUAAUUUUGUAUCAUCAGAUAAGAAAGGAUUGAUAGACUCUUCGCUGUCAGAGGCGAAGCACAAGUCGGAUCAAGUGCAGGAGAAGGAUGAAGGAAGGUUGAUGAAAGAGCAGGGAAAUAAUGUUGAUGCUGAUAAUACAAUUAGGCACAUCUCUGGCAACAUGAAUUCUAAUGAUUUGUACGCUCUGCCAAAUAAGAGGAAAGAAAGCCUUCACGACGAAGCGGCGAAGGCGGUUGAGGAGGUGGCAGAAGAUGAGGAGGAGGAAGUGGAGAAGGGCCGCAAGGAGGAGGUCGAAGGAAUCGAAGAUAAGGAUGCCAACAAAGAUUUACCACCUGGAUGGGAGAAGCACGAAGAUAACGAUGGACCAUAUUAUUGGCACAUAAAGUCAGGAACAAUUCAGCGAGAGCCGCCAGUUUGGCCGAAGGAUCCACCAAGGGAGUUGAAAACACCAAUUCUGUCCACAAAUCCGCAACAAUUCCUAUCAUUUGCUAAGAGCCCAAACAACAAUUACUCAUUUUCCUCCGCCAUGACAAGUUUCUACAACAAUAAGGAUGGCUUGGGAAAUCGAAUACAGGAAAGUCAGAGUUUAUCUGUAACGAGAAGCAAUACCAGUUCGGCGCUCGAUCAAGAGGAGGAGCGCAAACGCAAAGAGGAUCUUGCAUUCAAGCGGCGAAGUUAUCCACUCAAGUCCGAGUCAGAUAGACCCAUUCGCUUUGCCGUGCGAUCGCUUGGCUGGGUGGAGAUUGCCGAGGAGGACUUGACACCGGAACGCUCCUCCAAGGCUGUAAAUAAGUGUAUUGUGGAUCUGUCUCUGGGCCGGAAUGACUUGCUGGACGUCGUUGGACGCUGGGGCGACGGCAAGGAUUUAUUUAUGGAUCUAGACGAAGGUGCUUUAAAACUAAUAGACCCGGAAAACUUGACAAUACUCAACACGCAACCAAUACACACUAUUCGAGUUUGGGGUGUUGGCAGAGAUAAUGGAAGGGAUUUCGCUUAUGUUGCCAGAGAUCGAUUGACCAGAAUACACAUGUGUCACGUCUUUCGCUGUGACACCGCCGCCAGAACCAUAGCCAACACGUUGAGAGACAUUUGCAAGCGGAUCAUGAUAGAACGCUCUCUGCAAUUGGACGCUAGUGGUACAAACUCGAAUGGUGCUCGAUCUGCAAUACGUCCCACUGAUUUACCAACAGAGAAUCGUCGCUGGGUGCGACACACUCAAUCUUUCCCAACGCCGAUGGAGGAGCCAAAGAAGGUGCUGAAGGCACAGUACUUGGGAUCACAAGAAGUCAAUCAAGCCACUGGAAUGGACGUUCUAAAUACUGCCAUCCAAACUAUAUUGCAACAAGGAAAUCCGGACUCAUUUGAGAAUGUGAAUGUUUCAGUCGCGCCGAGUAUGAUAAGUGUUCAUUCCGCCGGGGAUGACUCUCGGUUGCUGGUCGAAUGCCGCGUGAGGUAUUUAAGCUUUCUGGGAAUUGGCAAGAAUGUGAAGAAUUGUGCAUUCAUAAUGCACACUGCGCAGGAUAAAUUCAUCGUUCAUGUCUUUCAAUGUGAGCCCUCAAGUGGGGCUCUUUGUAAGACAAUCGAAGCGGCGUGCAAGUUGCGGUACCAAAAAUGUCUCGAUGCUCAUCCGGAGAGUCGCAUGCUAGCUGACACGCAGACACCGAGUAAAGGUUUAGGUGCGACGAUAAAAAACUUGAUGAAUACUUUUUCACUUAAGAAGGACAAGGCUAGUUCCUGAGAAAGAGCUCAAUCUCUGCAGGAAAUCUGGCCACUUUCUAUGGGAACAGAACGUGAAGUAAUACCACACAGACACCUGCAGUCACCAUUAAUUAGUAAGAAGAACUUUGACUAUCCUCACAGUCCGUAACAAUUGCCUUCUUCUGUUUUUUGGAAAAUUUACGAUUCUGGCGCAAAACUGCAAAUUUUCCUACUUUUUUAAAUUGAUAUGUGUAAUAUUGAAUGCUGAGGAAACUAUAAUGUGAACUAGUGCAAUUUGAGGUAACUUUCUGGUAAGACAACUCAGUCAAAAUGAGAAAUGAUUUACAUGGAAUUUAUAGAUUUGUAUUUUAUUGCAUUUGAAGAAGGAUUUAUCUUCAGUGUGUCAAGAUAACAUGACAAGAAAUAGACUUGGUUAAAUUCUUUUUGUAAACAGUAUAAAUUGUAGUUUUAGGUGAUAUUGAGCUAUGCAAACAACACGCGUAUCUUUAUAAAAUUAGAGUGUGUUGUCUGUUUAAGUUGUAUUUUCUGUCAAAAAAGUAAAUUGAAUUAGUAGAAAAUUAAGUUUGGUUAGUUGGAAAUGCAAAAUGACAGAUUUCUCGAAGAGAUUAAUGCUUGAAUGGGCGGAGCUUUCAAAUGGGCGUGUCUGUAUUCUCUCAAGAAACCAUGACAUAUUGGUUGUUUUUAAUUCCUAUUUCUAAUCAAGCUUUUUUUCUGUUAAUCACGAACUUUAGACACAUAUAAAGUGACUCUCAUUUACACAUAAAAAAAUGAGUUGAAUUUGUGUUAAUGACGUUGUUUACAUCCACAAGAAUUCACAAUAAAAUCCAUGAAGAAAAGUAAAAUCCAUACAAUGCAUAACACGAAAAUACCACAGCUUGGCAGAGCACAUCUCAAUAACAAUAUAGACAAGGAGGAAAAUGAGCAAAUUGACGUGCAUAUGAAAAAAAUAACAUUACAUAUCUAUACUGAGGAUAUUAAAGACAAAGUCCUUGUUUAGUGAACUUCCAAAAGAAGGGGGAAAAAUUGCUAGUCAUUUUAUUGUUCAUUUAGAAAGAUAAAAAAAAUCGAUAUAAUUUUUCUUUGCAACCGCAAUAAGACUUGAUACAUUAGAACCGAAUAAUAUAAAGCAGAAUUUAAAGAGGAAAAAAAUAUAGACAAAACUAAAAUGGCAACAACUCACAUUAUUUUCGAAAAUGUAUCAUGACUCGUAGAUGUUAAAGAGGGAUACAAAAAAAAUAUUUAAGGAAAUAUUUAUAUAUAUAAAAUGUUAGGCUUUUGCGGUGUUAACAAUCCUAUUUAAAGAAAAAAAAAACAUAUAUACAUAUACAUAUAUUUACAUCAAACUGAAUUGGUAUCGCCCUUAAUUAGUUUCGGUCUAUAAUCUCUCAUUGGAACAUGAUUUUGGAAGUAAUUAUAUAUUGAAGAAAAUUGCAUAAAGUAUAUUUGAAAUUGUGGUUAUUGAAAAAAAAACAUAGAAAAACAAAAAGAAACGCCAAAAAUGUUGCUAUGGAAAAGCGAAAUUUGCACAGGCUGUCCAAUUAUUAUAACGUGAAUUAAUAUUGCAAAAGAUAAAAAAAAAAUUGAACUUGAGAAAAAUAAUUGAUGCUAAACUGCAGCAAGAAUGUAAAAGUCAAAAAAUGUGCUCCACUAGUAUUUGUGUACCUCGGCUAGCAAUUUGUAAAAAAAAGAACAUUGAAAAAUUAUCUAGUAUUAAAAUGUAAAUAAUUUCUUGCCUUUGUGAACAAAAAGAGAAAAAAAAGAAAGAUAUGGAACUAAAUAGAGGAAAAAGAAAAUACAAGAUGGAGAAGAGAAAAUAAAACAUUUUCCGCAUGAAAAGAUGGGGAGAAAAAUGGAGAAUGUGAGAAAAGGGUUUUAAUAAGAUUAAACACAGAUUGGUAUUUUACUAAACUAUAUUAGACGAAAGGAAAUGAAGAAGAGGAAGAUGAAAAACAGAAA